CAUCAUAUUGCAGAUUCUAAUUCAAAAUGGCGGCCAAAGAAAAGUGCAUGGAGCUCGUGGAGAAUAUUUCAAACUCCUCAGGCGAAGAGAUUCUUCUUUAUCUGAAAGAUCUAAGCAUCCUAAUCAAUACUUCUCAAGGUGCUAGUGAGAUGGUCUCACUCAUUCCAUGUCAGCUCUUGUUUCGCUGCCUAAAAUCGUCGAACGAUAAACAGAAUUUCUAUUGCAAAAGUAUCUUGAAGAAAGUUCUUCAAUUUGAAAAGCCAGACGCGGUUGUAUUAAAAUACCACGACUAUGUCAUUGAGGGUAUGAAUCACUCGUACUUUGAGAUACGUGAGCUGUGUUUAAGUGAGGUUGAACGUUGUUCAAGGUCUGUGAAUGGAGUGCUUGCUCUUGUUGAUAAUGUAGACUUGUUGUCCUACGUUGCAAGGUGCAUUGCAGAUGAAAAUCUCAUCUGCGCUAAAAUGGCUUGCAAAGUGCUAACAAAUCUAUCAAAACAUGAGCCUGGACUGGCAAUUCUUUUUCAGCACCAACUGCAGAGCAAGUUCACUGAGCUUCUGCGAAAGAAAGAGGUUAUUCGUUUCAGAGUAUUUGACAUUUUUAUUGAUAUCCAGAAACAAUCUGAUGAAGCGUUCGAAGCUUGUAAGGUUGUAGGGAUAUUUGAAACACUUUUGAAGGAGCUUGAAGGUGAUGACAUUCUUGUACAAAUGAAUUGUUUUGAGCUUCUUUCAAAUCUUGCUAGUUCUAGUGAGAGAGGUCUGCUUUACCUAGAGGAACAUGGAGUGGUUGUAAAACUUUACAACAUGUUGCUAAGCACCAAAGAAGACCCUAUGAUGGAGCUUGCUGUACCAGGUAUUGUAAAGUUCUUUGGUCAUGUGGCUCACCUAAGACCUGUAGAGGUUACCCAAAAGUACCCACAGUUCAUGGAGCAGUUAUACAGUCAAGUAAGCUGUGGUGACCUGAGACUUAUGCCGAUUGCAGUAGAAACUAUUGGGGUCAUAGCUCUUACUGAUGCAGGUCUACACGCUGUGUUUAAUAACCCAGCAAGAAACAAACAUAUUAUGAAAGUGCUGUUUUCACAUGCGAUGGGCUCUGAUUCAGAUCUCCGUCUUCGUGCCUUUGAGACUUUGUCAUCAAUCUUUUACUCCCAAGAGAAUUUUUCAGAAGAGCUUUCAAGUUUUUUGAGGGGAUUAUAUACAGCAAUGGCAAACAAACCCUUUCAAGCAUUUGUGUCUGUUGCUAAACAGCCAUUUGAGUCGCUGAGGUGUAGCUGUUUGAGGCUGAUGAAAUGUCUGGCAAAAUAUGAAUGGGUUCAGCAAGAUAUGGUAGCAUGUCCAGGAUAUCUAGAAUAUCUUCUUGAUCGCAAAACAGAGCCUGAGAAAUCUGGCAGGGAGCUAAAGUAUGAUCUGAUAGUUGAGCUUGCACAUUCUCCUUCAGCAAAGCAAGUCUUUGGCAUGCCAUACCUAUUGAAGUUAAGGGAGUAUGAACGAGAAGGGCCCUUCUUUGCGAGAGCUGAAUCUACUGUUGCUUUCGAAGGAGCAGACUAACGCGACACGGGAUUGUACGCUGUCAAGGGUGGAUCCAGAUUGAUGGAUUGAAUGGAUGGAUUGGCCAUCCCUUUUGGAGUUUUAUUAAGAAGAAGAAGAGAGAAAGCUUUAUACUAACAGCCACCACGUCAAAUCCUUCUGGACCCGACAUUGGACUGCAUUGUUUGAAGGAGAAAGAAUUUCACGUAAAAUCUGUAAUGACUAGAAUGAGAUACUGCAAUGACUAACAAAGUACUCAAUAAAAACUGUAGUCUAGAAGAUUUAUUUUAAAAAUUAAUGCAGCUGUGAUUAAGUGUAAAAGUCACAUUCAGCCACCCCGUAAAGAUCAUCCCGGAUCUGCCUUUGUCUGCUUUUGUUCGAAAGAGAACUAGUAAGAGCAUUUUAUGCGAAAUGCUAGGUACUGCAAUGACUAACAAAGUACUAAAUAAAAACUGUAGUCUAAACUAAAAGAGUUAUUUUAAAAUUUGGUGAUUUAAGUCUAAAAAACCGAUCCAGUUUGAGCACUAUUUCUUCCCAUCACAGAACACGUUAAUUGCGGUUCUUGAGAAUAAGAUUAUUUAUUCCAGUCUUAUUAGAGUGUUAGUCUCGUUAGCAAUAGCGCAGUGCAACCGUGACGUCAUAAAACGAAGACAAAGGCGAAUUUCGGACAAACAAACUUACAAGUUUACUUUCAGCAGAUAAUUUUCACAGCCGAUCGCAGUUGAUCUUAGUUUACAUGGGUUAUUAUUGUAACUUUAAGUAAAAAUAAUAAAAUCGGUUCGUAUAAUCCUUGUAGCGGUGAAACAGAAUGCAAUGUUUGUCCGGAUCUUUAAGCUAUUUUUAGAAUCAGUGCGCUACGCUAUUAGUCCUCCAGUCUGAAUGGGCUAUCGACUCAUAGGCCAUGAGGACGAGAGGACUAAUCGUCUUACUCAAAUCCAAUUAGUCGGUCAAAUAUAUCUUUGCAAACAAGUUUUGAAUUGAAGUUAAAUUUGAUGUUUUGGUUUUCGGGGCCGGCACUUUUCGUUACUUAUAGCCUAGUAGUAGCUCAUCCAAUCAGAACGCAGCAUUGAUGAUAGACCACUAGUUGGAUUCGACUCAAGAGCAUGACAUGCGUAUGAGAGGGUAAAUUAUACCUAAGUAGACCAAGUAUAUUGUUUGCUAAAAUGAAUAAAAUAUAUCAGGCCGUCAACAAAACGUUUCCUAAUUUGAUAAAAUCACGUGGUGUAAUUAGAAAACCAAGAUAUAUCUUUGAUUUUACAUCUGUAUGCUUUUCUAGAAUCGGUUACAAUUUCUCGCCGAGCAUAAAAAUAGAAUCUUAGGUUUCUACUUGACACCAAAAUAUUAACAUUAUAUCUAAGAUUUCUGGAGAAGUCACUUUCUUGCUCUGUACACACGGCUCAGAGGAGAAGCCGGCUUCGAUGCUUGCUCGCGUGUUUCAUCAUGUCCCGAUACGAAUAUUUGCGAGCUAUUUCUUUGGAAUUCCCUUGGAUAACGACUGAGGGCAGCAUGAAAGCAAUACCUAUGUAAUAUAAACAAUACACUAUGCGGACAGAUUAUCUUCCUCCGAAAUAGUUCUAAAUAAUUUUGCUCGCUCGACCAAAUAAUUUUAAAUAAUAUUUUUGAACAAAUAAUUUUGAAUGAUUAAAUACUUUUGUGUAAUUUAAUGCGCGCGCACAUAUGCCAUGGUUUGAUUGCGUUUUUCUUUUUUAAUAAGCUUGAAGCGAGAUGACGUUUUACC